CUGAGCUCCAGGUUGCAGACCUGCAGGUAAAGGUGCUUCCUGCCACAGAGGGACAGACAGUGACACUGAUGUGUAGCACCAGCUGUCCUCUGACUGAAAACCCUGCAGUCUACAUCUGGUACAAGAACAGAAAGUUCCUCUAUCAGGACUGGUCUCCCUGGUACCAACAGCUGGUCAGCAGUGAGGAAGCAGUCACAUACUCCUGUGCUAUCAAAGGCUACGAGGAUCUCAGAGCCCCUCAAGUCUCAGUGGAUUCUGUCACGUCGACCUGCUUCAGUGUGACCUAUGCUAAAGGGAGAAUGUGUUCUUAUAAGACGACAUCAGAGGAAGAGCCCUGCUCCAUCACAUAUCCCAGAGAAGUACAUGUUCAAAGGAGUCCUGCAGCUAAAGGCCAUGUCACACUGACCUGUAACACAAGCUGUCCUCUGACUCCCUUUAUAUGGUAUAAGAGCGGACAUGUAGUUGAGGAACCAAAGUUUGUAGUUCCCAACACCUCUGCUGAAACCUUCUCCUGUGGUGUAAAAGGCCGCGAGGAUCUGCGCUCUGCUGAAGUCUGUGUUAAGGAUGAGAACUGCUUGAUUGUGAAUUACGUCAGCAGGAGAAUCUGUGCUCUCCGAGGUUCUUCAGUGAACAUUUCAAGUGAAUACUCUUCUCCCAACUACCAACCCAAGUCUAAACUAUGGUAUAAAAUAAAGAGGAGUGGGCAGGAAGAAGUGAAAGAGACAAUUAAGAAUGUAACUCGUAUGAAGUAUCACGACAACUUUAGGAAUCACCACAUCCUGAGAAUCAAUAAACUGACGAAGAAUGACUCAGCAGAAUACACAUUCAGACACCACAGCGAUGACCAAGGAUUGAGACCUGGAGUGAGUUUGGUUGUCACAGGUCUGAGAGUGAAGUUUACUCCCUCUGCAGUGGUGACAGAGGGCCAGAGACUCACCCUGAGCUGCAGUACCAGCUGUCCUCUGACUGACAACACAAACUACAUUUGGUACUUGAACAGUCGACCUUUGACCCCGACAGAGAAGCAAAACAAACACCUGGUUCUGGACCCAGUCAGCAGACAGCAUGCAGGGAAUUACUCCUGUGCCGUCAAAACCCCCCACCACAUCAGCUCUAAUGAAAAGACCCUGACUGUCCAGAGUAAAAUGGGAAAAUGGACCCCAGCAGCAGCAGCAGCAGUAGCAGUAGUCUGUGCUGCUCUCCUGGUUAUUAUACCCCUCGCUGCCUUCUGGUGGAUCAGAAGAAAGAGGACUUCCAGUCAACCUCCUAGAACUGAAACCUCAGACAACUUGGAGCAGCUAAACCUUGGUUCCCUGCAUCAUGACAUCUCGGCUCAACCAACAGAAGAUGAUCUUAACUAUAGCAGAGUCCACUUCCCUCAGAACCACACAGACGCUCUCUACAGCACAGUCCAGAAACAUGAAGAACAAGAGGACGUCCCCUAUGCUGUUGUCAACUUCAGACCCAACAUGACCAUUGAUGAGCUAACGGACAGUGAAGAACAGGCAGUGGAUCUCUAGAACGUAUACAUCACAGCAAGUAAAAACUUAAAGAGACUGAAUGUAACAACCCACCUGGCUCUGUGACAGAACUUGGAUUGUUCUGUUUAUCUCUGCAUUUAAUUCUGCAUUUAGGGACUUCAGUGGAUGAGCUUAUCUACACUAGCUUACUGUGAAUCGGCAGGCAGACGUCCAGCAUCCUAAUGAUACCUCAGGAACACCUGAGAGCGCUGAUGGUCACCCACUGCCUGUUUUAGGAAGGGAAACCAGGACCUUUUAGUUACGCUGAUUCUCUUACGGUCCAGUCUGUUAUAUAUUUAACCAUAUAGCCUUGACUUGUUAAGCAGGCAUUCACUGUGUCACAAUACAAUGUGAGAACAACACAAUACUUCGCAAUAUGCAGAAACAACCCUAAAACAAAUGCUAUUUCUGUUAAACUUAAGAAAGUUAAAAUGCAUCGAAGUUAGGUAGCUAAAUUACAUUAAAGUCCUGCAGGAUUAUUCUCUCCCACAACUGAAUGAACUGAGUGCAAUCCUACACGGGACGAACCAUUUAGACUAACUACAGUGAUAUUUUUUAAAUUAGCACACCUUUCUGACAGAACCACAACCAAAACUUGUUCUCAAACAUCUUUUGUGCAGUUAUAGGUGUUAUACUUAACGUUAGAAGGCUAAUUACAAAUGGGAAAUACGCACUGCACGGACAUUAUUGUGUCCAAUAGCAUACUUGUAUUUAUUAUCAAUUUGCUAGGGAAUCAACUAUAAACACAUGGAAUUAACAAGUUUGACAAGCUAAAUCCGUUUUGUUGUAUGCACUGUUAGGUUUGUGACGUCCUGCUAGCAACCACGAAACGUUAACGUUACGCUAACCUAACGCUAGCUAACAUACUGCUUUCUCUAAAAAUUGUAGCUAUUAGGCUACAUUAAAUAAUCUAUUCUAUGUGGACACUUACUUGGGUAACAUACCUUAUGUUAGCUACAUAUAGUAAAGCUAAUGUACGACUUAUUAAUAAAUACUCACCCAACAGAAAAUUGUUUGUUUGCAUUGAUGCCUUUGUUGACUAUAAUAGCUUUACAUAUUAGCAUUAGCUAGCUAACGUUAAUUGAUGGUCGUCCGGAAAUAUUGGUUCAUUCUUUUUUUCCCGUUUUGUUUUCAAGAGCCGCAAGUUAUAUGCUUUUCGUAUAAAAAUGCGUAAUAGGUUACAACAGAGACUUGUUAUCCAGUAGAAGGCUUGAGUUAACGUUAGCUGGUAAUGCUGGUUUCCUGAAAUGGCCCCAAGGGGUCUCUGUGAUGAUGUUUCUUUUAGUGCCCUAUUUAGAAAGUGUGGCCAACUCAAAUCCAUAAGUAUAUAAGGCUCAAAUCCAUUGACAUAUAUAUAAAUCAUGGGCGCCAUAUUGUAUACCAACAUCAGAUGGCUCUACAGUGUAACCCUAUGGGGCGAAUAUGCGAUCUUGAAAUAAAUCGCUUAUUUUCACCAUGAACAGGCAUAAUACAUCUCUAAUAUACAACGUUGGUUCCUUUAUGCCUUUUUUUGUAAUAAACUUUAUGGUCAUUGCACAAUGUACAGGUAACUUUACUGAGACAACGAAAUGCAGAUUAGAUUAUUUACUUCCUACCUUUUUAUGAAGAAGGUAACGUUACUACCAUGAUAAGUGAAAGCCUAGUGAGUAAUUUGACCAUCUCAAUUACCGGUUUAUUUAUAUAUUUGCAAUGUAUUGUAAUAUUUUAAAAGAUAAUUUUCUUUUUCUUUUCUGACAACUAAAAAUAUUUAAGCAAUUUUUCUUCUUUUUAUCUUUUAUUCUACAUUAACAUCUAAAACAAAGUUUUGGAUCUAUUUCGACAUCACUCAUACGGUCACCACGGUCUUACCUUGAAUGAUACAAUCCUUCAACCUAUCCUCGAGACAUUAUGUUAGCACAUUGUAGUACAUUGAUUCAAUUAAGUACUCCAAAAAUACUAAGUUGUAAGAACUCUGGUUCUAUAUGAGUCGUUUGUGACCUCAAGGGCUUAUUAAUAAGGGUUUUUUUUUCUUUCUUUUUUUCUCUGCCUACCAGCCUGUCCACCUAGGCCUAUUGACUGUGGCUGUACCCCUGUAUGUUGUGUAGCUGAUGUAAUGCUGUAUGUCAUUUGUUCUGUGUAUUUUGUGUUGUA